ACAUAAUCCAAGCUAUCUGGAAACCACACUACAAGUUUUGCCGUUUAUAAUCGGCACUGUGUCUAGCUCUUUUUUUUUAAGGCAGUGAUAAAGUAGAGCAAGGGGAGUGGAAGAGAGUAAGGGUGAUAUGCUAGAAGCUGCAGCAUUGCUGGCUGAGGAGUCUCUCCAUCCCUGCAGUGGAAAGCGAACACCGCUAAUGAUACCUGCUGUUUCUUAUUUGGCAUUUCUUUUAAAAUUGGCUAUGAAAUGCAGCUUGCUGCUGCUUUGUGAACUUUUGAGCUAGCUUGUUUUUGCUUUUUAAGUAAUUUAAUGAGGAUAGAACUAUCUUUCUUUCUGUCUGUGUGUGUGUCUCUCUCUCUCCCUCACCUUGUGCUCGCUGGCUCUCCCCUCCUUUUCCUCCUCUGGCAAACACGCUGUACCAACGGCUCCCUUCCAUGGGGCAAGGGGAAAAAAAGUCUUGUUUAAGGAAAGCUGAGCAUCCUCUGUGAUUUUUACAUUGGACUCUUUCGCCAGUUUUGGAACAGGACAAGCAUUUGACCACUGGUCCUUUAAGAAUCUGUCAAGCUGGCAUCCAAAAUGGAUUUGAAAACUGCCUUGGAAGAAUGCACAAUGGCACUUAACCUCUUUUUGAACAACAAGUUUUCUGAAGCUCUGGAUAUGCUGAGACCUUGGGCGAAGGCUAGCAUGUACCAUGCUCUGGGAUACAGCACGAUCUUGGUGAUGCAGGCGGCCAUGACCUUUGAACACCAAGACAUCCAGAUGGGCAUCAGCGUAAUGAAAGAUGCACUUCAGACCUGCCAAAGGUUUAGAAAAAAGAACACAGUUGUGGAAUCUAUAUCCAGUUUAGUUUCCAAGCAAGCAGCCGCACAAUUCAGUGAAGAGGAAAUGCAUGCAGACCUCUGCUAUGCAGAGUGCUUGCUACAGAAAGCAGCCCUAACGUUUGUGCAGGAUGAAAACAUGAUCAACUUUAUCAAAGGUGGUAUCAAAAUCAGAACAAGUUACCAAAUAUACAAGGAUUGUCAGCAGCUUUUAAACAUGACUCAGGAUCUUGCUGGCAAGAACGAAACCUACUGCCAGUUUGAAGGGGGCGUGAAGUUAGGAAUUGGAGCAUUCAAUCUGAUGCUGUCCCUCCUACCUGCAAGAGUUCUAAGGCUUCUGGAAUUUAUUGGGUUUUCAGGCAAUAGGGAGUUUGGGCUGUCCCAGUUACAAGAAGGGGCUUCUAGCCACAGCCUGAGAGCUAUACUGUCUGUUCUGACCCUGCUGCUUUACCACACUUAUGUUGCUUUAAUCCUUGGUAGUGGUGAAGGAAACCUUGCAGAAGCCGAAGCCCUGUUGGAACCCUACCUCAAGAAAUUCCCCAACGGGUCUAUUAUUUUAUUUUAUACAGCCAGGAUAGCAGUACUUAAAGGAAACUUUGAGAAGGCUGAAGUGAAGUUUCAGGACUGCAUUGCAUCCCAGCAGGAGUGGAAGCAGAUCCAUCACCUCUGUUACUGGGAGCUGAUGUGGUGCCACACCUUCCAGCAGAAUUGGCUAGAGGCUUACCGCUAUGCAGACCUGCUCUGUAAGGAAAGCAAGUGGUCAAAGGCAAUAUAUGUCUUUCAGAAAGCUGCCAUUCUAAGCAUGCUUCCAGAUGAAGUUGUCAGACAGACUGGGGAGAAUGUAACUGAGCUGUUUAAACAAGUUGAAGGGUUAAAGCAGAAAAUUGCUGGUAAAUCCAUUCCCACAGAAAAGUUUGCUGUGCGAAAGUCCCGGCGCUAUUCUGCUCCAAAACCUGUGAAACUGGUGGUGCCUGCUCUGGAAAUGAUGUACGUUUGGAAUGGCUUUACAAUUGUUGGCAAGAGGGCUGACCACACAGAGAGUCUGCUCAUUACAAUUGAACAAGCAGAAUUGGCAUUGAACCAAGAAACCAAUCCCUCAGAGUACCACCCUGAUGACCAGUGCCUUGUCCAGAUGUUGAAGGGACUUUGUCUGAAACAUUUGGGUCGUCUUUUGCAAGCUGAACUCUGCUUCACUCAAGUCAGCAUGAGUGAGAAGAGGAUAAAAUAUGAUCAUUAUUUGGUGCCAUUCAGUUUAUAUGAGCUGGGGCUCUUGUACAAGCAGCAAGGAGACUUUCAAAAAGCCAGCGGAUUUAUAGAAAAUGCAAAGCAAAACUACAAAGGCUAUUCAAUGGAAUCCAGGUUGCACUUUCGUAUCCACGCUGCUCUCAACAGCCUCAAAGGAUCCCCAACCACCACAUCUUAACAAGAUUUUUCGGUCUGUUUUUAAACUGGGUCUGUAGUGGCAGGUUGUUCUUUCAGGGAUCCGAAAUAACCUAAACGAUACAAAGGAAGUGUCCUACACAAACAUUUAAUUUGCAUAAAACAGAGCUGCUGAUAGUCAAUUUAAAUUUAAAGUAUUUCAUUCAGUAAACAGCACUUGGCGUUUUAGCAAGCACAUAUAACAUGGUGUGUAGUUGCUAUUAAAUCUAGAUCUUCACAUUGGCAUUUUAAAAGUCUGUCUGUACGUUAAUAAUCAAUCGCUGCAGCUCAGUUGUUUAAUUGGUUUUUGGACAGACGUCUGACAAUAAUCUCUGUUUAAUCAAGAUAUAAGUAUUUGUUCAUGAAUACCUCACAGACCUAUACUUGAAAUACCAAUGUAAAGGAUGUAAUUUAAUGCUUACUUGGGACACUGAAUUUUGAAAUGUUACUGGUUUUGUGCUACAUGUUCUAAACAAAUCUCUGAAAUGUAUUUUUCCUUUUUAAAGCUUUACAUUAUUACAAUCAGGUUUGUGUGUGUGUGUGUGUGUGGUGUGUGCACUCUGUGGUGAGUGUUAAUAUCUUGUUUAUGGAAAAUAUGUCUUUGUGUUAGACAAGGCAUUCUUAUCACCAACAGCUAAUUUUUCUUACUGAUCAAUAUGCUUUAUAUGCUCUGUUGGAGCAACAUUGUCGGACCUGGUUUCCCACACUACAGAAAAUAUUUGAAGGUGGUUUGGCUGUACGUUGUUCCCACACUGUAUAGCAUUGUCCAUAUUAUUUUCACAAUUUAGUUUCCGACCUUUUAAUAGUAACCCUUUGUUUGUUCAGCAUCUUCUGUUACAUUUUCUGGCAUGGUAAUUUAUUAGUCAACUACUAAUACAUCGUUGAUUCUGCUCUACAUAUUUAGUUUUAAAUGUGGAGAAUUGGGUUGUACAGUUCUGUGUGUCUACUACUUGCUGCAUGAAGUAGCAGACACAUACAACUGGCUUAAAUACAUACAAAUAGUAGGUAUACAGUAGUUCCUGUAUUAGAAUGUCUCAUACUCACAAACAUGACAAGAUCCUUUCCAAAGGCCAGUGUUUAUUGGCUUAAAUACAUAAGUAACAUACAACUUUAUUAGUGGGUGUUUUUUUUUGUUGUUUUUUUUUUUUAAAUCUGAGGAACUACCCUGCUUCAAUAUGAGCAACAAUAAUCUUUACCAAAGUAGCUGUAGAACAUGACAAAAAAGUAAAGUAUGUGGCAGAAAGUAUUGGGAAAGCUUGGCUCCUCAUCCUGUAAAGACCCUACCAGACUGGAGUGCAGGGUGAGCCAUAUGAUCAGGAGCUGGCUGGUUUGAAUCCUCCUGUGCCAAGUUGCUGAUCUUGACUGGGAGCCCACAGAAACCAUUGAAUUAACUUUUGCCUUCCUGUGGGUUGGGGAGGAAUAUAGUUUGGGCACAGGUAACACCCCCCUGCACUUCUGUAGCCUCUACUGGUCAUCAGGGUGCUGGAGAUUGCAUAUUCUGGCCUCUUGACAGCAGAGUUCAGUAGCUUGAGAGCACCUGUUGUUUUAAGUUUGGCAGGUGAAAAGAGGCAAUUGGCAGUGGGAAUAGAGGUCACCGAUCCACUGUAUAUUCAGUACUCAUGUUCGGUUGUAGUGGUUAGGUGGCUUUCAAAUUGGGCAUUUAAAAAAAGUAUGUUAAAUUGAUAAAUAAUUAAUAAUUUUAAAAAAAGUAGGGGAGACAAUCUGGGUAAUUUACUGUUACUGUGAGGUGGGGGUUAUGACAUGCUCUUACCAGUUUGCGUGUGGUAAGAUUUUUACAUGGGACCUUGGACAGUUUUUUAUAAUGUGUAGCUGACAGAUUUCAAUAGCUGUAUGCCCCUAAUAUACAGUAACACAAUGCAGUGCCUUCUGAUUGAACACUUGAACCACAUGAAAAAUCAUUCACUCCAAUCACAAGUUUUUUUUUAGGGGGGGGGGGGGGUUCUCUCUACCAAACUGUCUUGCAUGAAAUAUCACAAUCCAAAGCUAGAAAUCUUUCAGCAUCAUUAACAAUAUUGCAGUACUAGGUUAUCCUGUAGGCUUUCAGUUGAAGCUAAUGUUUUAUGAAUGACUCCCAGUGUUCUCAGUUUUCUUUUAAAUUCACCAUUUUAUGGAUUGAAAUUCUAUUCUAUUUUAUGGCUUGAAAGUUCCUGACAUCUUUAGUAUGUUAAACAAAUGCCAGGUGGGUCUGCCGUGAUUUAAGAAAGGCACAGUGGGGCAACUGAAAGGGUGCACCAGUUCAGCCUUUCACCAGGUCAGCCUUUCACCAGGUCAGCCUUUCACCAGUUCAGCCUUUCACCAGUUCAGCCUUUCACCAGUUCAGCCUUUCAAGCAACUUUCUGUGUGUUGUGUGUUUGUUUUUUUUUUCCUACUGAACUGUACACAAUGAUUGUGAAAAGUAAAUGCUGUAACUGUCCACUUAUAAAACAAUGUAAUGGGAUUGUAGAGUCAUUCAAAUCAUUUUACUAAAGUGUUUCUACAGGUUGAUUGUUUCUUUUUCCAAAAACCUUACUUGAUGAGGGCACUGAGGCGAAUCUAUUUUGAAAAGUUAUUCUGAAAAACAGUUGAGAGAGAGAGAGAUACAUACAUACAUACAUACAUACAUACA